GCCAAAUAUUUCCAGGGCCCGGCGAUUGGCAUUCUUCACCUGAACAUCAUCAUCUUUCCACAGAACGUAUUACGAGCAAUUAUCAACCUACCACUCAACAGCAUAAUUUACCGGAAUUUGCCGAAACAACUCGAUAUUUUGAGAGAACUUCGCAGUUUCCUCGUAGAUCUAGACCUGGUUUCGAUUUACCGGGAUUCGUUGUCGUUCCCCGUGCCCCGGACGUGACCUCGUUCGGUUCGCAGGCUCGUUCGCCCACUGCCUGGUUCGAUCCUGAUACCGGAGCGCGUGUGUAUUCUUGUGGCUUCAUGGAUCGCGACGCUAGAAGCAGGCGAUAUGAUGACGGCGAAGUCACUAGAUAUGGCGCUGGCGAGUCGUACCGACCAUUCAAUUCGAAUCGCUCUCCUCGUAGGGCAAGGAGUCCUCCGAGAGGUCGUAGCCCACCACCUCCCCUAGACAGCGACCGCUAUAUUCCCAGCCGAUCCCCACGACGCCGCUCCCGAAGCGCUGAUCGCUACCGCCGAGAGCCUUCUAGAGACAGGCGAGAUACUAGAGAGUUAGGUGGAGACAGCUGGAGACGACGAGAUAGAAGCCGUAGUCUCCGCCGAAGUCCUCCGCGGCGAUCUCCUCGUCGUAGUCCGCCCCGAAGAAGUCCACCACCGCGAAGAUUCUCACCGAGACGGGAUGAUAGAGAUCGAAUGCGAUCUCCCCGUAGAGGCGGUUUCGAGUCAAGACGAAGAUCUAGAUCCCCCUUCGAUAGAGAUCGUGUCCGAGAUAGAUCGCUUCCUCGACGUUCGCCUCCGCCUAUUCCUAGAGCGAGUACUUAUAGAGCUCGUUCUCGCAGCCCGGAUCGACGUGAUGAUCGAUAUGGUCCUUCGUAUAGUAGACGACCUUCGCCACCCCGUGAUUCUGCUAUUUCUUCGGCAAUUCCGUCUCGCGAUACAUCUCGCAGAUCUUCACCACACCCUAUUCCUCCUCGUCGCGACGAUCGUUCACGACCACAGUCGCCGGUUCCCUCUAGACCUUUAUCUCGAUCUUCGCAUGGUCUCCCAGUUCGAGAGAAAACUCCCCAGGGAACCCCGAAAGAACCAUCCGUUCCAGCUCGAUCGCCGCCGCGUGGGCCCGCUGCUCUUCGAGCCCCCCCAACCGGACCUCGAGAUACUCGUAGUUAUGGGAGCCAGUCUAGCGGGACGAUAGGCCCGCCCCCUAGACCAUCUCCCAUCGCCCCAACGGCAUCGAGUCGAGCAGAUAUAAGCCCGGGUGCUCCGCCAUCUGGUCCUCGUGGAUAUGUGCCUUCACGAGGAGGUGGUUAUGGUCGAGGUGGACGAGGAGGAUCCGGCUGGGGCAGUACGAUCCAGAGCCGUAAUCUGCCGCCUGCUGCGGGACCUGCUUCCGCGUCUGCUACUACCGGCGUAAAUACUAUCCCCACAGGUCCACGCGCCGGCCCGUCCUCGCAAUCCGUUCCUUCGACGCCCGUUAACCAAUCUAAACCUUUUAACCCACCCAAGGGUCCCGCCGCCGAAAUCAGCAAUAGUAACAGCACCCACCGAGCCCCUCAAUCCCACGCGCAACAACUUCUCGCGACCGUUCCCCCCGUUGUGCCGGGUGGUAAAAUGGAUCCGCAAUAUCUCGCUAUUACAACAGGUGUUCUCCCCGAGUUAUUACCGCAUUAUCAACAAUUGAAAGAAGAGGAAGAGAAGAUAAGAGCGGAGAAAUAUGCCAAGGAAGAGAAAUUAAGGAAGAACCUUGCCCUCUGGGAUAAAUAUGAACGAGAGUCCAAGGUGCUCGAUUUACGACUGGAGCUCUCGGAGGCUAGUGUGAAGAAAUUUGCUGGUGAGGGUGUUGGGGGUGCCGCGUUUUAGUGGAAUAGUAUGGCCCCGAGUGUAAGGAAGUGAAGGGGUGGGAAAGAGAAAGGAGCAUGCGAGUGGGAGAGUGAGGCCUGCUGCUUCUCGUCGACUUGAAGGCCUUGCCCACAUGUUGUGUGGAGAGGCAAUAGUACGGGAGAUGUUGAGACUCGACACCGUUACGAAUGCCUUUAAGCACAGCAGAGAUUUUCUGAGGUUCUUUACUCUGGGCACCUAAUAUGCAGGUGUCCGUCUACGACUUUCAGCUACCCUGUCCGAAAUGGCAUGACACAAUAAGGACGGAGAGUGCUAAUCCUAGGCUAUAGGAAAUGGAAGCAGUGGUUGAUGUGUACCAAAAGUUGUUACUACUAUUACUAUUACCGCUUUGCCAUCGCCGUGUACAACUAAAUUAGAUAGAGCUGCAUUGCAUGCAUGAUACCAAAUCGAUUCUUUUUUCUGCUGAG